AGGACAAAUGGGGCGACCGCUUCCUGAACUGGGUGCGCCUCAAGGACCACACAACCCACACCGCGAUUUUUUUCGCCAACACGCACGGGCCGUUGAAACAGUGCGGCGACCACAUCGUGGCAGAGAACUACCUCAAGGCCGUGGAGGGGGCGAAGAAGGCGGGGGACCAAGUGGUCUUCACCGGAGACUUCAACUGCGCCAGCCUGGAGCCCACGCUGGCGAGGCUGAACGAGGAGUUUGACAUCGCGGGGACGGAUUUGUCCUUCGGGGGCGCUGAUCAUGUGCUCACCAGCAAGGGCGUGCAAAUGUGUGCCAGCAACACGGAGCAGGGCUACCCCUCAGACCACCAGCUCUUGAAAGUGGAGCUUGUGCUUCCAGAGCCGCUUCCAGACGAGCUGCCGGCGCCGGUGCCUCCACCCGCACCAGCGCCGGCGAUGCCGGCGGUUCCCGGCGUGGCCUCUGCGGAUGCGAAGGCAGACAGCACUUUCUGCCCGAAGACAGACAACGGCCCGUGCUGCACCAUGUGCGCCACGAACCGCUUCUGCCCGCAGAACCAGGGCUGCUACUCUGCGGGCCAAGUCGGCUGCCCCGGCGCGCUGUGCCCAGAGCCGGCGCCCACGCCGCUGCACACCUGAGGGAAACGUCUCGCGCCCAACACCCUCCCACGACGGCCAUGGUGGGUAGGUCGACUUGGU